AUGAUAAAUAAAGAACCCAAUUCACCCUCGGUGUCACUUUUCAUUAGAUCGCCGCUCCUAAUUAGUAACCUUCUGCAUCUUGAAGAACAAAAUUUUUCACAGAAUUGCAUAAAUUCAAUUGAAAUACCCUCUAAAACUCAAGCAAGAAACUUUAGAUGGGGGUUGUUCUUUAUUAUUGUUUCAAUUGUGACAGGAGUUAUUGGCAUUGAGUUGGUAAAUAUUGUUUUGAAGGGAGACAAUUAUACUAAGCCAUGGAUGUUUGCAUUUAUUACUGGAUCGUGCUUUAGUUCAUUGUUGUUUCCCGAUGUUUUUCAUACUUUUAUGAGUAAAAAAUAUGAUGAUCUGCCGUCACCAAAACUUUCAAUAUUGUUAUCUAAUUCUGAUCUGCUGUUUGACUACAAAUCAUUGGAUGAAUUGGUCAAUGAAGAUCAGCUUUCAGAUAUCCCUAUCGAAAUGACAAAGAAAGAAAUUACGUUAUUGUCACUUCAGAUAGCAAUAAUAUACUAUCUAUAUAAUGUUUUUGUCAUGGAAUGUUUGAAGUUUACGUCAGCUUCAAAUCAAGCCAUAUUAGGGACCACUACAUCUUCUUUCACAUUGAUUAUAGGAACCUUUCUUAAGAUUGAUCAUUUCACUUUCAAAAAAGGGCUCUGUAUAAUUUUUAGUACUAUAGGUAUUCUUUUGAUCAAUUUUAGUGAAUCAGAUGAAAAAGGCAAUAUCGAAUCUCCAAUAUUUAAACCAAAGAACCCAAUAUUAGGUAAUGCCCUAGCUAUUUGCGGAGCACUAAUGUAUGCUCUAUAUCUUAUUAUGAUGAAAGUAAAAUAUAGUAUAGCCAACAAGACUACUAACAAGAGAAGGCUUUUUGGUUUUGUUGGUUUAUUCACUUUCAUAAUAGGAAUUCCCAUAUUGUUUCUAAUUGACUAUUUUGAAGUCGAAAAAUUUGAAUUUCCACCUCCCAACAAACAAAUAAUCAUUCUGAUUAUAAUAAAUGGCUUAUUCUCAGUGAUAUCUGAUUAUACUGCUAUUUUAGCCAUGUUGCUAACUAGUCCUUUUUUUACAUCGUUGGCAUUUACAACCUCAAUUCCUAUUACUAUUAUGUGUGAUUAUGCUAUUUCGAGAUUAUAUGGAACAACCCCUAGUUCAGGUUCUACUCUGGUUUAUUUUCUAGGUGUCAUAAGUGUGCUAAUAUCACUCAUCCUAAUAAAUAUCAGAAUUACAAGAAAAUAA